GGCCAUCUGGGGAGUCUGCCGGAGUCUUCAAGUGGGAAGCCGAAGGAGGGAGCAGAAGCCGCCUCUCAGCAGCCUGGACAGAUGUAACUCCCCAGCGCUUCGGAAAGGGAAGACCCUCGCCCUAGUCGGGCAGCAUGGCUCAGGAUCUUACAGAAAAAGAACUUCUGAAGAUGGAGCUUGACCAGCUGAAAAAGGAAGUGAAGAAUGAAAGGCAAAUGAUCUCCAAGACAGGCAAGGAGCUCAAGGAGUACAUAGAAUCCAUGGCAGCAGAGGAUCCUCUUUUGAAAGGCGUCCCUGAAGAUAAGAACCCUUUUAAGGAGAAGGGAGGCUGUGUCGUUAGCUGACCCCCGCCACACACAGACAAACUUCAGACCUUUUCCGCGUAUACAAUCGAGACUGAGAAUUUUGCUUUACCCUGUAGCAUGACCCUGCCAUUGGCUAGGGCAUCCCCAAAACACAAAACCCAUUUGGAAGGUAGCACAUCUCUGGGAGAGGGGCACAAGGCCAUUGGAGACAUUCCUAUAUUUAGCAGCGGGAAGGCAGCCUGCUCUCUAGGUCCCCAAAGCCGAUUUCCAUUUAGUUUAACACACACACGCACGCACACGCAAUGCUGAACUUGCUGCACUUCUGUCCAUCCACACACAAACGGGGCAUUAAGAAAAGUCUGACCCCCCAAAGCUUAACUCCCGACUUGACCUGCCUAGCACAAGCUGGAAGGCAAUUCCGCCUGAGCAAGUCACUUAACCCGGCGACAGAGUUUCCCCCCCGUAGCACAGGGAUAAUAAGGUUCAUUCGCCUUUGGCAGAGCACACAGAGAUCUGUCUGCAAGGUGCUAAGUAUUGUUAGAACUGUCAUGGCCAAGAAUUUGUGAGGGUCUGAUCAAUUGACAUGCCACGUUGCCAGUUACUUGGAUGUUGCUCAUUUAUUCAUGACAUUAUUUGGGGAGAGACAAACUCCACACACACACACACACACACACACACACACACGUUCCCCGGCAUCUACCUCCAAAUAUGUAAGUAAUUUACCCUCUACAACACAAACUCCCUCGUCCCAUACAAAUUGAGUCCAGCGAGGCGUACCCAGGAGCGGGAGAUAAUACGGUAUCGUUGAUAGGGAAAGGCACCAUGGAGAAAGGUUUGCAGGGGGAUUCCUGCGCAGUGGGAGAGGGCAGUGGGGAGACGCCCAUUGGGAGCUGCGGUUACUUUGGAACUCGCCAGCAUUCAUGUUGGGAGCAACCUGAGCCUCCUGCUCAGCUCUGCGGAGUCCGGCGGCUUGUGGAUGGACGUGGCGGCGGCGUGGGGGAGAAGCAAGCGUGCAAACAGGAAGGCACAGAGCCGUGCAAAUGGGAAGUAAGCUGGAGGUGAAAGGCUCCGUGUGCUCCAACCCAGCCUGGGGGGGCUGAGAAUUGUUCCUCAGCUGGCCAGGCCGUGGCUGGGGUGAUGCUAGUGAGGGGGUCUCACUCCAGUUCUCAGUGGGCUAGGUCCCCCUAAGCUGCUAGAACUUACCUCCAGCUCAGCAGAGAGACCAAGUGCUGAAUGAGCCGUGGACUGCGACGUAUCCCUCCUACGACAGGGCUGAGGCCUUGGCUGGGCAGCCUACGACGGUACCCUUGCCACCUCCCGUCCACCGGACGAAGUGCAGCAGGUAACCACCACGGCUGAAAUGUUCCAAGCGCUGAUGGGAAUUUGAUUGUCUUCAUUUUUGGGGGCAUCCCCGCCCCCCCAAAACUCACUGGCCACUUGUGCAGUCACUGAAAUUGGUAGCUCCCAACUUGUCGAGGAUACGGACCCCUUCUCAAUCGAUGAAACCUUUGCAGACCAUCACCCCCCCCCAAACAACAGAGCUGUGCCUGCCGCCUGCACAUCCCUCCGAGAGGUGUCCUUCAGCCCCCUGGGGAAGCAGCACGGGCUGAAGGAUGAGCCGGCUGCCUGCAUGGAGCCUUGAGCCACGAGGCUCCGUGCCGGCAGCCAGCAAGUACCUCAUUUGGCUCUGCUUCCCUAGCCACAGGAAGCAACACGGCUUGAAGGAUGUGCUGGCUGCAGAGGCUCUGCGUGGACCCCCUACAAUACCUCUGUGGACCCUCAGGGGUCCACAGACCACAGGCUGGGAACCACUGACCUAAAUCAACAGAAAAAAAUGCAGCUUGAAAGUAAGACAGCAAGGGAUCCAAGCUUCCUGUCUGAGGCAGGGCUGUCUACACCACCACCGCUUCCCCUGUGAGUCAGACACGUGGUUAGGACCACGGCACGGACCCCUCCAGCAUCCUGCAGUAGAACAUUUGGUAUUUACAAGAGAGAUGUUGUAAGCAGGCCUAUAGCGCUGUAAGAUUUUGUAGUGUAACGACAAUAAAGGCUUUUUCAGCAAAGGAAUGGCCGUUCUCUUCCCUCCCGUAUGAAAAACAAGUGGCAUGUGGCCAGCUUAGCCUUCGGUGCCUGUUGUAGCAAUUCUGUGCUCCAGCACGGCCAAGCACCAGCGUCUGAUGUUUCAGUGGCAAAGCAGAAGUCAGAGCAGGAUUGGCUUAGUCAACACCACAGAGGAGCAAAUCUCUAGAGUGGGCUCUUGCCUCGCAUGAUUUCCAUCAGCCCCUCCACCUCUUGCUCUAACCUGAGGCUCGAUCCUGGCCAGUGCUGAGCUCCCUGGGAGUGCAGGGGGCUCAGCUUUCUCAUGACAGAGCCCGGCUCCCACCGAGAGGUGAGUGUGAGGAGGGAGAACGAACACAGAACUACUUUUCUGAGCCAAACUGAGUUAUGCAAUUCCUCUGUGGCCGCUUGCAUCCUGUGCGAUGUCUUGGACGCAAUUUGCAGAAGGAGUUCUGUUAAUUCUAUUGUGGCGUAUAAAUA